AUGGGACUGAAGCGCCUGAUGAGAUGCUGCUGCUGCUGCAUUGCAAAGCAGGCUGAUGACGAGGACAAGAUUGAUUUUGGAGGUGGCAACGUUCAUGUUGUUACAAGCAAAGAGGAUUGGGACCAAAAAAUUGCAGAGGCCAACAAGGAUGGGAAAAUUGUGGUUGCAAACUUCAGUGCUUCCUGGUGCGGCCCAUGCCGUGCCAUUUCACCUGUUUAUGCUGAAAUGUCACAGACAUACCCUCAGCUCAUGUUCUUGACGAUUGAUGUUGACGAGUUAAUGGAGUUCAGCUCGUCGUGGGACAUCCGUGCGACCCCGACGUUUUUCUUCCUCAAGAACGGGCAGCAGGUGGACAAGCUGGUCGGCGCCAACAAGCCUGAGCUGGAGAAGAAGGUCGUCGCCGUCGCCGGUGCAUCGUCACAGGCUGACGCGGCCGGCAGCAAGACAGUGUAG